AUGCCAGAAGCUCCCCCUCAAGAUGGUGAGGCGGAUCCUGUGGCGCAAGGUACAAUUCAAAAUGAGUUCAGGUGUUCACAUUGCCCCAGGACCUUCACCACCAGGGCAUCUUUCAAUAAACACAUCAACACUCAUACGAAGCCAUAUGCCUGUGACUGCGGCGUCAGCAAAGCCACACAGCGGGACCUCGACCGCCAUCAAGACACCCACGGGAAGAUCCGACGAUACUUCUGCCCCGUGGCAAGCUGUCCCUGGCAUGUCGCUGGUAUCAAAGGCGGUUUCUCUAGGCGACUGGACAAUGCGAAGCGACAUCUUAAAUCGCAUGUUAAUCAUAAGACUUUGUUUGUUUUGAGAGAAGAUACUCAAGGACGACUGUUGAGAGCAUGA